CAGAAGUACCGUCAGUGCAUGGCCGGCCUCCUCGCCCCACCCUAUGGUGUUAUGGAGAGUGGACCCAGCAGUGACAGAAUGCCGGACAAAGACAACUUAAAUAACAACACUUUGGGAUCCAUGUCUAAACACCUUAACAAGACAUCACACACUGAAACCCAGGCCAAACCCAAACCCCAUCCCAAAUCCAUUUGUCAGGUUCCCUCAGAAAAGAUCCUGCGGGCAGGGAAGGUUCUACGCAAUGUCAUCCUGUCCAGGGUUCCUCACAUGAUUAGAGACAGGAAGUACCAUCUGAAAACAUACAAGCAGUGCUGUGUGGGCACUGAGCUGGUGGACUGGCAGAUGCAGCAGAGCUCCUGUGUGCACUCCCGUGUCCAGGCUGUGGGCAUGUGGCAGGUGCUGCUGGAGGAGGGUGUCCUCAACCACGUGGACCUGGAGCUGAACUUCCAGGACAAGUACUUGUUCUACCGUUUCCUGGACGACGAGAAGGAUGGCGCCCCUCAGCCAAGCGAGGAGGAGAAGAAGGAGAGCGAGGACGAGCUGCAGGACACACUCCUGCUCCUGUCCCAGAUGGGGCCAGACGCCCACAUGCGCAUGAUCCUCCGAAAACCGCCGGGCCAGAGAACGGCGGAUGAUUUAGAAAUCAUUUAUGAGGAGCUCCUCCACAUCAAGGCCUUAUCUCACCUCUCCACCACCGUCAAAAGGGAGUUAGCCGGUGUGCUAAUUUUUGAGUCUCAUGCCAAGGCUGGAACUGUGUUGUUUAAUCAAGGCGAAGAAGGCACGUCCUGGUACAUCAUCCUGAAGGGCUCUGUAAAUGUUGUCAUCUAUGGGAAGGGCGUCGUGUGCACGCUGCACGAGGGGGACGAUUUUGGGAAACUCGCUCUGGUGAACGAUGCGCCCCGGGCGGCCUCCAUCGUCCUGCGGGAGGACAACUGCCACUUCCUGCGUGUGGACAAGGAGGACUUCAACCGGAUCCUGAGGGAUGUAGAAGCCAACACUGUUCGUCUAAAGGAGCAUGACCAGGAUGUGCUGGUGCUGGAGAAGACCACCGGCCGCACCUCCAGCCAUGGAGCCUCAUCCCACCACAAAUACACUGUUAUGGCAGGGACACCCGAGAAGAUCCUGGAGCACUUCCUGGAAACUAUGAAGCUAGACUCCCAGUUCACUGAGUCAGACCAAGCCUUGGACGACUUCGUACUCAUACACUCUGUCCUCCUACCCAACAGUCAACUUUGUCCACUGCUCAUGGCCCACUAUCAUGCCCAGGCCUCGCAAGGCUCAGAGCAGGAGCAGCUGGACUUUGCCCUCAACAACAAGCGCCGCGUGGUCCGCCUAGCGCUGCAGUGGGCCACCUUCCAUGGCCACCAUCUCCAGGAAGAGGAGGCCUCGCUGGCCUUCCUGGAGGAGCUGUAUGUAGCCGUGUCUGAUGAUGGCAGGCUCUUCCCCGCACUCAAGGAGCAGCUCCCUGUGCUGGAGAUGAUGGUCAAAAACAACUCAGAUGACUCCAGAUCAUCACAAAAGAAGCAGAAGGUCCUUCUGAGACAGUUCAGCAUGGGAGAUGAGAAACACCAGAAGAGGCAGCCCAUCAAGGGCAAUGAUGAGAUAUUGUUCAAAGUCUACUGCAUUGACCACACCUACACCACCAUCAGAGUUCCAGUGUCCGCCUCGGUCAGAGAGGUCAUCAGCGCCGUGGCCGACAAGCUGGGGUCAGCGGAGGACCUUCUGCUGGUCAGCCUGAGUUCGGCUGGAGAUAAGGUUGUGGCGAAGCCCAACGAUGUGUCAGUCUUCUCCACGCUCAGCGUUAAUGGACGUCUGUUUGUGUGCCCUCGGGAGAAGCUCGACUCGUUGACACCUUUGCCAGAACAGGAAGGACCUUCCACUGGCUCCUUACCAACGUUUGAGUUGAUGAGCUCUAAGGACCUGGCCUACCAGAUGACCCUCUGUGACUGGGAGCUCUUUAACUGUGUGCAUGAGCUUGAGGUGGUGUACCACACGUUUGGGAGGCAGCACUUCAAGAAGACCACGGCCAACCUGGACCUGUUUCUGAGGAGGUUCAACGAGAUCCAGCUCUGGGUCAUCACGGAGGUGUGUCUGUGUCCACAGCUCAGCAAGCGGGUGCAGCUCCUCAAGAAGUUCAUUAAGAUUGCUGCCCACUGCAAGGAGUACAGGAACCUCAACUCCUUCUUUGCCAUCAUCAUGGGCAUGAGCAACCCAGCCGUGAGCCGACUCAGUCAGACAUGGGAGAAACUGCCAAGCAAGUUCAAGAAGUUCUAUGGGGAGUUUGAAAACUUAAUGGACCCGUCCAGGAACCACAGAGCUUAUCGCCUCACCAUGGCCAAGCUCCAUCCCCCCAUCAUUCCCUUUAUGCCUCUCCUGAUCAAAGAUAUGACAUUCACCCAUGAGGGAAACAAGACCUACAUUGACAGUUUGGUUAAUUUUGAGAAAAUGCGUAUGAUUGCAAACACAGUGCGGAUAUUGAGGUACUGCCGGAGCCAACCAUUCAGUGUGGAUGCAUCUCAGGUCAACAAGAACCACCAAGACGUGCGGAGCUACAUGCACCAGCUGAAUGUGAUUGACAACCAGAGGACUCUCUCGCAGCUCUCCCAUAAGCUGGAGCCCCGGAGGACCUGAGCUGCCCCCGCCUUCAUGCUGCUUCACCUAUACUGCCAAAACAACAACAAGAACAAUGACAGACAACAGCCUGUAUACGCGCCACAUGACAAGCGUCCUCCUCUUAUUCAGCUCUCCAGGACCAUUUGCGUCACCAAGGGUGACUUGUGUGGCACAGCCAUAUUGCAUCAGCUCUAUGUGAUUUGCUAGCAGAAGCGUAUGAUAUUUUAUAAGUCCAUAUGAAGACGUAUUUUGGCUGUUUAUUUAUACUGGUAUUGGUAUUGUUUUCUUUCCUUUACUCCUUCUGGGGAGGUUCCAAGUUCGUGGUUUAGUGACAAACCCGGGUAAGUGAAAAAGUGUUUUGCUAGGAGAAGGUUUUGCUUCUAUUAGUUCUAUCAGUUCUGAGUCAAAUGACCCACUUUCCGCACUAAACCACAUAGUUGGAAUACCCCCCAUUGCUAAGCACUCACCAUGAACUGCUGUUUCAUUUUUAAGAUUCAUGAAACUCGCUGAGCUAAAUUUGCUUCUUGCACAGCACCUGGGCAGAACCGGAAGAUGUUGUGUGGUUGCUGUAAUUGGGAAUAUAGGGUGGAUAUAAACAAUGACUAUUUCUGGGUUGUGUGGCACACUGGCAUCAGAUAUGAGCACACUUUCGAGUCUCAGGGUUUGAUCAGAUCUACUGUAAGUGCGGGAAGGCCCUCAGACUUUACUAAUUCUCUGAGGAAGAAUAACUGAGCUCUUGUACAAUCAUUUUUUUGUGGUUUAAGCCUUGGUUUUGAUUGUCUUAUAUGUGUUUUGUAAAUGGUGUUAUAUUUGUAAGUACUUUUAUUUGGUGGUUGUUUCUCACACAUUUUUAAAAAUAUGUUUAUUUUAUUUAUUUUGACCUCUGCAUGUAAUGAGUUUAAUAUCAGACAGAUGGAAUAUGAGCACAUUUUAAAAAUCUGUGGAAAACUGUCUGCAAAUUUUUACCAAGGUGUAUUCUGUAAAUAAUGUAAACCUAUUAAAAGUAUUUACGGAGA